AUGCAGCCCCCUUCCCUAAACCAGCCACUCAUGCAGAAGCAGCAGCAGCAGCAGCAGCAGGGAUCCAUGCUGCAGCAGCCGAAUGUGCUGCUGCAGCAAACAGGGCCACAACAAGCGCCGCUGCAGCAGCAGCACGAGCACCACCACAAGCUGCUGCAUCGCGCUCCGGAGCAGCAGCAGAUGUUGCCACCGGGACCGCCGCCGCCGCCGCCGCAGCAGCAGCAGCAGCAGCAGCAGCAGCAACAGCGGCAGCAUAUGCCAGUGCAGUUGCAUCCUGCAGAGCAGCAGCCGCUGCUUCCGCAGGCGAGCCCGCAGCAAGCGCCGCAGCAGCCGCAUGAAGCGCAGAUGUUGCUGCAGCAGCAAGAGGGGCCUACAGCACAGCAAAUGGACGGAAUGCAGCAGCAGCAGCAGCAGCAACAGCAGCAACACGAUGGGACUGUCCUUGUCCACGGGGUGGCUGAACAGCAAAGGGAGCUUCCAAGAUCACAGGGGAAAACACAGCAGGGGCCGCACUUGCCCCUGCAGCAGCUGCAGCAGCAGCAGCAGCAGCAGUUUGAGGCCAACUUCAGCGAAGAAGCCUUGGUGGAAGAAAUGGCCCCAAAGAGGGCCCCUGAGGCCAGCAGAGCAGCAGAGGCAGCGGCUGCAGAAGCGGAGCCUGAAAUGGGCAGCCAGCAGCGGCAGCAGCAGCAGCAGCAGCAAGAGGACGUUGUGGGGGAGCCGUUGCUGCCGGAAGAUGCAGCAGGUGUGGGGUUUGGUGCCUUUGAAGAAGCUUUUGAAGCAGCAGCAGCUGCCUAUAGACCUCAGCACCCAGAAGAGGCAGCAAAAUGGGAAGGGGCCCCCCUUGGGGGCCCCCCCGAGGCCAUUCAGGCGCUGGGGGGGGACCCCCCUGAGAGGGCCCUGGGGGGCCCCCCUGGGGGCCCUCCUGAGGGCCCCUUUGGGGACCCCUUCGGGGGCCCCCUUGGGGGCCCCCUUGAGCCUCUGCCCCCAGAAGCUGAGGCC